ACCGGGGUUCACUUCCUCUAGCGGUGUGACGUCACGGACGGGUUUGUGCUGCCAACGCAGCAGAGCUUUAAACACGUCUGUAGUUAAAGCGUCAUGACGUUAUUAUAAACACUCCGAGUUUUAUACUGUGUUUAUAUAUCAGUUUAUAUAUCAGUUUAUAUAUCAGUUUAUACAGCAGUCUGUAGUCAGCGCGUUUAUUUCACAAUCAUCAUCAUCAUCAUCAGUCGGGGUCUUCAUCACUAAGAUGGCGAGUCCUCGAACCCGACGUGUUCUGAAGGAAGUGCGGGUAAACGAUGGGAAUAACGUGUGUUUUGAGUGUGGAGCAUUUAACCCUCAGUGGGUCAGUGUGACGUAUGGAAUAUGGAUCUGUCUGGAAUGUUCUGGGAAACACAGAGGACUCGGAGUUCACCUGAGCUUUGUGCGCUCUGUCUCCAUGGAUAAGUGGAAGGACAUGGAGUUGGAGAAGAUGAAGGCUGGAGGUAACGAGAAGUUCCGUCUGUUUCUGGAGCUGCAGGAUGAUUACAACCCCAACUGGAGCUUACAGGAAAAAUACAACAGCCGAGCUGCAGCGCUGUUCAGAGACAAGGUGGUGACAGAGGCAGAAGGUAAAGAAUGGUCAAUUGAAACCUCUCUUGCUAAAAGCUGGACUCCUCCUCAGUCGAACACUGCACUGUCAUCAUCACACCGUGCUGCAGGUUCGGCUCACACGUCCUCACACUCUGAUAAGGCGUUUGUGGACUGGCUCAGUGACGACGUGAACUCCUACCAAGGUGGAGGAAGCGGCGCUCAGGAGAAUCGUUACGUGGGAUUUGGGAACACGCCGAAUCCUCCGAAAAAGGAUGAAGACUUCAUCAAUAACGCCAUGACGUCUAUUUACACAGGCUGGAGCAGUUUCACAGUUGGAGCCAGUAAAUUUGCAGCAGCUGCCAAAGACAACACGGCGAAACUGGCCAGUCAGGCGUCUCUAAAGGUGACUGAAUUAGGCCAAACUUUAAAUGAGAGUGUAAUCAGACCCACUCAGGAGAAGGUUAAAGAUGGAAAGUUAUUUGAUGACGUCACCGUCAGCUUCAAUGACUUAGCCUCCAAGGUUCAGGGUGCUGGAGCCAAAGGUUGGAAGGACAUGAGCUCAUUCUUCAGUGGAAAACCAGCUGAAUCUGCUGAUGGUCCUGCAGGGGGCGAUGAUUAUCACAGCGAAUCUGCUGGAUAUCAGAACAGUGACGGCGUCAAACAGACUUUCUGGGACUCGUUUGGCGAGAACAACAAGACCAAAAAGUCCCCGAGCAGUGAGAGCUGGACCCAUGUGGAGAACUCGGGUGGGAAGAAGAGCUCGGACAGCUGGGAGAACUGGGGCUCUGACAACAAGCACAGCACUGGGGACAGCUGGGAGAACUGGGAGAGCCACUGGGAGAACGGCGGAGACAACAAGAGCAAGAAGAGCCCUAAAGCAGACGAGGAGGCGUGGGACAACUCUAACUGGUAGAACAGCUGCUUUAACAAGCGUUAAUCAUCAUCAUCACACUCCUCUACAGUUGCUUCUGUCCACCACCAAUCAGCACUUUACUCCAACACAACAUUCCACUUCGGCCCAAAAUAUACAGAUCAUUCUGACAGGUUUUACUACGACGACACUGGUUUUGGUUCCAGCCCAAAUGUUAGAGUUUUUAUUGUUAGCUCAUAACAAAAUAAUAAAAUAUCAAGGUUGGCUAACAAAGCUAUCCAGUAAUGCAUGGCACAUGCCAGGUUGCAUUAGUGUUACCAUAGCAACGACACAAACAUGGCAUUUAUUCAGAAUAAUGAACACACACACAGGUGUUUGAGAUGUGUGUGUAUCUAAAUGCUCCUAUUUUAAUCGUGUAUAAAUAUUGUUCUGUUGUUCGAGUGUUUGAUCAUUAACUCAAGUCAAAGUGUAAUAAUAAAGAUUAUAAAUUCCUGCAUGUAGAAAAACAGAAACUGUGUUUGCUGUAAAAUUUCGAGCUUUUCCUUUUAUUCGAAUAUUUUACACGUGUAAAGUUGCAGAAACUGAAACUUUUCCUCCUAAAUAUUAAAAAGAUUUUUGUUCAGUUGAACUUUAGUAGCGUUAAUGUGGUGUUUAUUUGUUCUUCAUUAUCAUUUUAUUUCUGUCUGAAAAAUACUGA